AUGGAAUCCACAUACCGACCUGCGAGCCCAGAUCUGUCCGGCUCCGUUCCCUCUGCCGGCGUUCAACCGUUGAGCCACCUCCAAAAUCAUCAGCUUCCCAUUCCGGGCAACGCAUUUGGCUUCCCACCCACCUCGGAUCCGCAACAUCACCUUCACCAAUAUCAACCUCCUCCGCAGCUUCAGCCAGGCAUGAUGCCGCACGUCAAGUCUGAGGACGAGGACGAGUACAUGCCCGAUGCACAGGCCUCGGCCUCGAAGCGGCAGCGCAGAGUGAAGCAGGAGCCAGAUGCCAUGAAUGGCCACCACGAUGCGCCAAUGCUUGCUUACCAGCCCGAGAGUACCGGAGACCCCACGCUCGGCUGUCAGCUCAAGACCUCAUUCCCCGUCGCGAGGAUCAAGCGCAUCAUGCAGGCCGACGAGGAUAUCGGCAAGGUUGCUCAGGUGACUCCAACCGUUGUUAGUAGAGCGUUGGAGCUCUUCAUGAUCAAGCUCAUAUCGGCUGCUGCACACGAGGCUCGAGGUCCCUCGGCUGGUGGAGCGUCUGGAGGGAAAGGUCCAAAGCGUGUCCUAGCACAGCAUCUCAAAAGAGCGGUGUAUGCGGAUGACAAGCUCGACUUUUUGCAAGAGAUCGUGGGAAAGGUACCGGAUGCUCCGAGCAAAGCGAAGAAGGAGGCGGCUGGCAGUGACUCGGAAGAAGCACCAGCGAAGCCCAAGCGGAAAGCAAAGAAGAGGAAGGAUAGCGGAGACGAAAUCUGA